UUGUAGACAUUUGUGGAGGAUCUGAUUGGUUCGGCAGUUCGAAACUUCUUUUAAUAGGAAUACAAUAUAAAUAAAAAUAAUAUUUACGAGCCAGCUGUAGUCAGAUCUACAAUAGAGGUGUAACAAGCCUUAAGCAGUAAGAAAAUUAUCUAUAAUAAUUGAUUAUUCUCUUCAUAUGAAUUUUCAGUGAUUUGACAGUGAAUAUUGAAAUGCAGUAUGAGAUUGAUCAAUUUCUUCUAGCUCCAAGCUUUUAUUAUUACUUAUUGUAGAUCUGAGCUAACACGUGUACUUUAUUGUAAUUAGUUAACAAUUAUCACUGUGAAAGCAAACGUUUUUCGGAUUCUUUCUUUGGGCCAUCUCUAAGAAUACAAUAUUUUUCCGUUUUUUUACUUCUUCUGAGAAAAGGCACGACAGAUUUCCUAACCUUCACAAAUAGCAUUUUUAAUGCUUAAUAAUUUUUUUACAUUGAGCGACAAUUUUUUACUUUUCAAAUCUUUGCUUUUAUGCAAAAAGAUAUCGAUUAAAUGCAUUUAUCAAAAUUUAAGUAGAGCGGAUCAAACUAAAUAUUUACACCAAAGAUUCUAGCUAAUGCAUAAAAAAUGCCAGUUAUUGUCAAAAAAUCUGCAACUGCAUUAAAUCAAGAGUGAAAUAAUUUAACAUCAAAGGACACUUGUGAAUUUUUCAAACAGGAUUAUGAAACGUCACAAAGUUCCUUACUUGGGAAUCAUCAAGUACAAAAAAUGGUUAAAUCUCUCAAUCAUGAAGAUAUUCCUACUACAAUCAUAGCAAUUAAAGUAACAAAUAUACGGAAUCCAUACAUUAUAAGAAUUUAUGAAAUUAAGCAAUAUCCAGAGAAACUUGAUAGAAUCCAAAGAAAAUUGUUGAGUUUCAUGAAAACUGAAGACUAUUUGAAAGGAAAACAUAAUGCAGAAAAUCCCAAAGUUGGUGAUACAGUUCUUAUACAAAGUAGUCAAUGUACAAGUGAGAUAGAGUUACCAUCAUUUGUUUGCCGAGGUUUAAUAACACGUAUUAAAAAAGAAAGUGAGAUAUUGUAUUAUAUUCUUUUAGUGGAUCAUGGUACUAGCAUAGAAUUAACUAAGGAUAUGUUUUGUGUGGUGCCACAUGACUUUAUCCCUGAAAAAUAUUUAACAAAAACUAUUGGUGUGUAUAAUAUUUUGCCUAUUUGUAUGAAAAAGAACAUUUCAAGUGAUUUGGCUAGUUCAAAUUCUGCAGCAAUUGUUGAACAAGAAUGGAGCGAAGAAGCAAUUCAAUUUGCCAAAGAUUUGUUGUAUGAAUCUAAAGUCGUAUACUUUGACCAUUUAAUCACGGAUGAAAAAAAUGGAAGAGAAUAUGGGGAACUUUAUCUUACUUUUGAUAACAUUGAUAUUGUAUCGUUAAGUAAAGCCUUAACUAUUAAUUAUUACGCAAUUUACAUGAAAGGAGAUUUAUUAAAACUUGUUGAAAACCAUACUCAUUCUAAGGAAAAUAUAAAAGAUCACAUUAUACAUAUAAAGUUUCCACAUAAUAAUAAAGAUAGAAAAAAUGGAAAUAAUGCAAUACAACUCGUUAAUCAUGGACAAAAUAAUUAUCCCCUUAAAGAAUUAUAUCUGAGUGAAAAAGUUUUGAUACAGAGCACGAUAUUUUGUGGGAUUUUAAGUGAUGUUAGAGAUCUUAGAUAUCCUCAAAGAAUACAUGAGGGUUGGAAUGAAUAUAUCAAAUCUUCCAGACCAAGAAAGUUUCAGUCAUAUAUAUGGCCAGCUAUAAAUAAUGGUUUAAAUGUUGUAGCUAUUGGAUCAUCGCAAUGUGGUAAAACUAGUGGAUGUGUAAUGGCUAUUUGUGGACUAGUAACUAUGCGUCAAAAUGAAGUAUCAUAUAACGCGACUCAUCCACUAGCAUUAAUUUUGUGCUCAUCGUCUAUUGACGUAAUCAAUGUUCACUCAAUGUGCAUGUCAUUACUGCAUCCUUUUGACAAUAUAAAUGCUGUACGAGCAUUUAAUGGCGCGACGUUUAGAUCAGUAGCGGCAUCCAUUUAUAAAGGAUGUCAAAUCCUAGUAGCCACACCGCGAUUUCUAGCUCGAUUCUUGAACGAAAAUAAAAAUUUACUGUCAUUUGAUGAUCUCUGUUAUUUAGUUUUGGAUGAUGCUGAUACAAUCUUAAAUAAUUAUUACGAUUCGAUAGGAGAACUAUUCAAAAAACAUAAAAUCAUCAAAAAUCGUGAACCACAAUAUAACAGACUAUUACAAAUAAUAAUUACGGCAACGAAUUGGACACAUGAAAUAAAGAAAUUUACUUUAACAAUGCAUAAUCCAUAUAUAUGCAUCACGACAUUUCUCGAGGCUAUCAUCUUUAAAUCCAUACGUCCACAAAUGUAUAUUUUGAAAUCUAUAUGUAAAAACCAAAAAAUAUCAGAUAUAAUAAAGGAUGAUUAUACUACAUUAAAAACAAUGAUAGUAUGUAUAAAUGCCAAAGAAGCUGAAGAGUUAAAUGCUUUUUUACUUUCGACAAAAAAAACUCUGCUAAUUCACGAAAAAAUGAAGUCAUCUGACAUACAAGCUUUACAAGAAAAUUGGAAAGCAUGUGUACGUGGCUUGUAUCCUGUACUCAUAUGUACUGAUGCAGUUCUAUCUGAUUUAGAUUUUACCAAUUUCGAAUGGCUGAUACACCAUUCUGUACAAUUAAAAUUAAAAAAUCUAUUCAAUUAUAGGUUCUCCGUUCUUUUAGAUAAUUUGACACAGGAUACCACAAAUUGUAAAUUUAGUAUAUUUAUCGAUGAAAACAAUGAUCUACAAUUUCCAAGUUUAAUAAGAAUGAUGCAACGGAUGAAAGUUGUGAUAUCUCCAGUCUUGUUGGACAAGAGUGAACAAAUAGCAAUUACAUUAGAAAAGGAUAAAAAAGGACAUGCUAUAUGUGAUAAUGUGAAAUCGUUUGGUUUCUGUCAUGAGAAAAAUGUUUGCACAUUCAGGCAUUAUGUGCUUCCUAAAAUUGAUGCACCAAUAACAGACAUACAGAUAAAUGAUAAGGUGAUGUUGAUGCUGACAUAUGUUCAUAAUCCGUCGCAUUUUUCUGCAAGAAUAAUUGAACACAUGCCACAAUCGAAUCAGUCAAAGAAAAUAAAAUUUAUUGAUACGGAAUAUAUGAAAAUUACGUUUAAAAUACAAGAAUAUUAUAAAAAUGUCGAAAAUAGAAAAGUGUGUAUCUCGACGAACAUAGGUGAUAUCUGUGGUCUAUUAGACUCCAUCGACACAUUUAAACGAGUACAAAUUAUGCGCAUUAGAAAUGAUAAAGAUAUUUCUGAAGAUAAAAUAAAGUUUGUGGAUGUGAGAUGCAUUGAUAGUGGUAUUAUAUAUGACGAAAUUGAUGUAUGCAAAUUAAUGCAUAUUCCAGAGGAAUUAUCAAAUCUUCCAACACAUAUUGUUGAAAUAUUUUUAGCUGGUAUAGAACCACAUGAUAAGGAAUACAUGUGGAAUGAUUAUACAAAUGAAGCAGUUCAUGAAUGGUACUCAAAAAAUUUUGAUGAAAGGUCUUAUAUUAUUGGAAAAGUUUGCCUUCAUCUUGGAAAUACAAUAUGGUUAGACGAUCUUCAAAUUGGAACAAAAUUGCUUAACUACUCUGACAUGAUAGGAUCUUCUUUGAAAAAGGAACUUCUCGAUAAAAAUUUUGCUAUUUUGAAUGAUAAUCACAUACCAGAUCUAUUUAAACUUUGCAAGAACAGUGGUUUAAUAGAAACCAAUGGGCAUGACAUUAAUGUAAUAUUCAAAUAAAAUAUGGCCUUUUUGUUAUCAUUUUUCAGAGUGUCUAUUCUCUGGAAAAAUAUGAAUUAUGGAAAAUCUGGAAUUCUCAGAGAAUAUUUUUAUACAUGGAAAAAUCACGGAAUUCUCAUGGAAUUUUGUUGGGACUCAGGAAAUUUUUUUUUAAAUUCUGUCUUUAAUAAUUUUGCUUUUAUACUGUUAGCAAAAAACAAUCUACUAAUUAGUCUUGUUAUGAAUUAUGUGUUUAAUAUAUAUAUAUAUAUAUAUAUAUAUAUAUAUAUAUAUAUACACAUAUACAUAUACAUAUACAUAUACAUACACAGUAAAUUGUAAAAUCCUUUAUCAUUUUUUUCUAUACACUUAAUAAAAGAGUUAUUAUUGAGUAAAAUCUACAUGAGCGCUCCAUCGUUACGAAGCACCACUAAUAAGCGUUAUAGAGAAAAAAAAAUGGACUUUUAAAGGAUUUUUCCGUUCAGUUUAUUGCGUUUUACCCGCUCACGAGUGUUGUCUAGGGUGCUUUGGGACACUCUGUAUAUGCAUUUAUAUAUUCAAUGUCUUAACAAAAUAUUUAUUAUGCGAUAUAUAUAUUCUUUAUUUUAAUUUUUAGUAAUAAAAAACAAAAAUAUUAUCUAAGUAAAAAAAUAUUAUCUUAAUGAAAGCUAUUCAAUUUUAUUUUCAUUACUUUUUCAGUACAUUUGUAAAUCUAACAUUUGAAACUUAAGUGAUUUUGUGUUUUUCAUUCAUGUAAAGGAAAAACAUUAGAAAACACGUACAAUAAAAAACUUAUCUUAGAAUAUUGCAUCAAAAGAUGAUUAAAAUAUUCUCUUUACCUGGAACUUUGAAUAAAAAUCUGGAAAAUCAGGGAAUUCUCAGGGAAAUUUUUUACAUGAUUUAAGUAGACCUGUUUAUAUUUUUAAGACCACAUAACAAUGCUAAAAAUAGUUAAUCCUGUUUUGACAUAUAUUUGUAAGAAAAAAAUUGAUACGAUAUACUUCUGCUCUUAAUAUUUUCGUUUUAAUUUUGUAUUUUUGAUACUCUUGUUAACCUUUCUGGGACUACUGUACUUAAUGAGCCAUGUGAAUAAAAAUAAAUCAUUAAUUUCUCAACAGAAGAUAGACACAGCAUUUAUUUACUUAUUAAAAAUCACUGUCAGAAUAUAAGAAGUAGGAUAUAGAUAAUACAAAAACACAAAUAUGCUACAUUAUUAACACAAUGUCGAACCUUACUUCGAUGCAGAGUUUGUAUCAAUAAUAUAGCAUAAAGCACAGAUGAUCAGGUCUUUGCUAUUUCAUUCUUUUCAUUGAUUCGAUUUCAUUCAUUUGAUUAAAUUCGUCUCUUUGUCUAAAAUCUUGGAAUAUAAUUCUGCUUUUAUAUCAACUU